AUUAAACUCGUACGAGUACGUACGUACUGUUGCUACUGCAGCAACUCGUUACCAUCGCGAAAAAAUUGUAGAGACCAUCAUAAAUGGUGCARUGCCAUUUUUGACAACAGAAGGGAAUCUUGAAUAGUACCGCCGGRACUCUUUCCGAUAUCGGGAGUGCAUUCAAACACAACUAUGUCAUGGUUAAAYAACGUCAACAAUCUGCUGACCAAGUUAGAUGGGCAGGCAGAAACGAUGGCCGAAAUGGUUGCGGAACAUGACGAAGCAGCCGACGAAGUUGGGAUUGAUAACAUUCUUGCCAAACGAGGACUGUCAUCAGUGAGUUCCGAUGACGAAGAGGAAAGCGAUGCCAAUGAUGGGGAACAAAAGUCAGAAGUAGAUGAUCUCAAAGAAGAUCAAGAGAUUGCAGACGACAGCAAAGAUGGUGACAAGAAAACAGAAGACUCGAACGCCGUGGACACGGCUGGUGGCUCACAACUAUCAGUCGAGAAAGAAUCACCAGAAACUGUUGAAGAAAAGGCAGCGGCAGCGAAAGUUUUGAACGAGGAUACCUCGAACGACGACAACAAAAGCGAUGACGGAGGAGGUGCAGUAAAAACACCGGUAGUGACGGAACGACAGGAAACAAAGGCUUCCAAUACGGACAGCUUGGAAGUUGUGUCUUCGCAAGAUCCGUCUUCCGGGAAACCCAAGGAAGAUGCAUUGCAAUCGACUGGCAAGGGUCUCAAAGACAAUUCACCAGAAAGCGACGACGGAGAUGAUGAGAAGAAUAAAACGACUCCGUCGAAUCCUCUUUCGUCGUCGACACCUGGGGAUGGGACGGCUCCUUUGUCAUUGCCAUCCCCACCAGACAUGGCUUCGCUGAGAGCAAAAGUUGCACCAAUUCAGGAGGCAUCGGCUUUGMUUUUUGGUCAAAAGGAGAAGCAGCGACCAGCUGUCAUGACUUCGCCCGGUCGGCCGAAACGAGAGCUUGCGCAGGCGCAAAAGGAAGCUCGUAUUUUGAGACGGCACGUUGUAUCUCUAAACGAACAGCUUGAGACAGCCGAAUCGGAAUUGCAAGCACAGCGGAAAGAACUUGAGAGGGCAGGAGAACGCAUGGAAAAAGACCGGAUUCGGCUAAAGCAAGAAAAGGAUGCGUUUCAAAAACGAAACGCUCAAGAAACAGAACUACUAAAGUCACAACACGAGAAGACUUUAAAGGAACAACAGGCAAGGUUUGAGGAACAGCUGGAACGGUACAGAGGAAAGCUAUCGGAGGAAGAAAAACGAAGAAAACAGCAAGGUGGAGACUGGGACAAAGAAAUGUCAAACGCGAUAGAGCGGGAACAGGAGAUGAGACAAACAUUAAAUGCGCUGGAAGACGAGAAGGCGGUGCUUUUGUCUCAGAUUUCGACCCUCCAAGGGCAACAAGCAGUACUAGGAUCGCGAUUGGAAUCACUGACAGAGGCAGCUGAUAAUGCGAUGGAGCGUGAACGCGAUGCAGAAAAUCGGUUGGAUGUGGCGYUAAAUCAGCACGCACGCCAAAUAACACAACGACAGGUGCGUUCUCCAUGAAUCAGUUCUUGUGAUGGAAAAUCUAUUUUGUGUUUCUGAUGUGGCCGUUCUGUUGUUAUUGUAUUUGUACCCACAGGCAAGAGAAUCAGAGCUUGAACGAACAGUUCAGGAGCUCAAUGCAGCUCUAGUAGUGUCGUCCCAAGGCAAGGUUGAUGAGGAGACUCCCUCCAGGGUAGGGGGCAAUGAUAGUCUCUUGGAAGCCCGGAUWAGCGCUUUGGAAAUGGAUCUUCAGGCCGCRAAUUCAAACCUUGCCAUUGAAAGAGAACAAGUAAGUGGACCACUUUUUUUGUUAUUGUUAUUCUYUAUAGAYGUAUCAGACGAAACCAACAGCUUUACUAACACGAUUUUGUCCAUAGAGCGAGACUCUACAAAUCCAGCUUCGUAGUUUUACAAAUGAAACUACUCACGAAGCGACGAUGGUUCAUGCUAAGGAAAUACAGUACGAUCGCAAAAUAGCCGAUAUGUCUCUGACGAUAACUAAGCUGGAAGCAGAAGUAAGGGAGUAUGAGAAAGUAAAUUCACAGGAUCCUAAUCCUUCGGCAGGCUCUUUCAAUGACGCGGAACUGUCGAAUCGGAUUAAGGUGCUUUCAGAAGAAGUUGUUCGGUUGCGUGAUAAGAUUGCAAACCAUAAUAGUGAAUCUCUUGCUAUGAAAAACCGUUUGAAGGUGGCCGUUGACAGGUCGAAAAAGCUUGAAGAUGAACUAUUGAUCUACAGAAACUCACCUGGUGCUGACGGAGAUCGAUAUGAUUCCAUGGAACAAAAUCUGAAGCCCGGUAUCUAUUCGAAAAGGAGGCACGGUGCCCAGGCCAAUGGAUCUAUUCGCAAUGCCAUGCUUCUGAACUCGUCACGAGGUGACAGGGCCGAGAAAAUUGGUCAGGUUGUUGAUCAGAUUGACUCAUUCGCUGCUUCGACAGGUAAGUGRAGGAGUGUGACUGUGGGUAUUGCUCAUUUGUUGUCAAAAUAGGCUCACCUUGUCUAAACCGUGAAUUUACUCUUUUGUGRCACAAUCUCAGGGAAAUAUUUGAGACGGAAUCCUCUUGCACGCGCGGGAUUUAUCUUUUAUUUGAUWUUGAUGCAUUUGUGGACGUUUGUUUUGCUUUUCUUCCAUGCUCAUUCCUUCGACACAAUUCCAAAUAGUUCAGAUAUUGGUCAUUUGUCCCACGGUCCGCAGGCAGUGAUGCAACAGCACGAACUGAACAAAAAUAUUGAUCUCAUUAUCAAUUCUGAUGCAAGUGCAGCUGUACAAAUYAGUGCCGACAAACAACAACGUACAGCACACAAGGAUCAAACUGAAGAGGAAGUAAAGGCUGCUUAAAGACAAUAGUCAACUGACGCUUUUGUGGUAUGGACAACUUCAAUAUAAUGGCCAACGAUGG